AUGGCCUCUAGGGAGCAGAGAGACUGGCGAGUAAUACCUAAAUGUGAAGAUACAAACUACUGCCUUUUAGAAUUGAUUAGACCAAACAGAGACUCCGUCCUACUUGCCGAUGGCGGUCUCACUGAAGACUACAAUCUCUCGUCAUUCGCGUCUCUGGGCGAGACGUGGAGACUGAGAGCAGCGAGAUUCAGACAACUAGCAGCAAAAGGACGGGCGGACAGACGCACGAGGAAGUUUUAUCAGCAACAAAGGGGCGUGGCUUGGUCAUUUUUGGAAGCGGAGGCAUUGACUGCGCAGUCAGAUGAGAGUGUGGAGCUAAAAGAGCAGACAAAUGAACGACCCUUUAGAAGGCGGUCGUCGGUGUCUAGAGAUAAUGAGCGUCGUAGAAUUUUAAGAGCAACAAACUGGAGUCUCUCUAUCAAUGUGUUGCUGUUUGUUAGCAAAAUCGUUGCUUCGGUUUUGUCUGGCUCUCUUUCAGUGAUUUCUAGUUUGGUCGAUUCUGCUCUUGAUCUGUUUUCGGGAGUGACACUUUGGUUGGUAAAUCGAGCUAUGCGUUCAAAGCCUGAAGACAUUUACCUCUAUCCCUCGGGUAAAACUCGACUGGAACCUGUUGCGAUCAUUGUGUGUGCGUCGGUUAUGGGAACAGCUACUUUGCAACUGGUAUCAACGUCGGUUCAGAGUAUUAUUGAAGGGAAAGCAAGUCCAAAUGUAGCAGCUCUGUCUGGUUCGUUGAUGGGCGUCACAGUAAUUGCAAAGUUAUUUCUCUUCGUUUAUUGUAGCCGCUUUCAAAGUCCAACAGUACAAGCAUUGGCACUAGAUCAUAGGAAUGAUGUUGCAUCCAACAUAGCUGCUAUUGUUUUUGGUCUUCUUGGCACAUACAUUUGGCCGAAUGCAGAUCCUCUUGGUGCAAUGAUAAUUGCAGUGUAUAUUAUUAUAAAUUGGUGUAUGGCUGGAUAUGAACAAAGUAAACUGUUGAUCGGGCAAACAGCUAGUCCUGAUUUUCUCAAGAAAUUAACUUUUAUUGCUGUAAACCAUCAUCGUGAUGUCUCUCAGGUUGACACUGUGAAAGCAUAUCACUUUGGUCAGAACUUUUUGGUGGAAGUACACGUCGUUCUGGAUCCUAACAUGUCUCUUAGGGAAGUGCACAACAUAGAGGAAUCUCUACAGCAGAAACUAGAAAAACUGGAUGAGGUCGAGAGAGCAUUUGUUCAUGUUGACUUUGAAACAGAUCAUAAUCCACUGGAGGAACACAAACAACUAUAAGGAGGAUAUAGGGGUUGUAGAAACGUGGUAUUUGAUCAUUUUAUUAUUUGUGUCCUUUGUUAUGAUUAUACUGGCUGGGGAUGUUAGGACUGAUCAUCUAGUUGACACAGAAACCUUAGACAGAUACCAGAGCGCAACCCUGGAUUGUCAAGUAUAAACAUUUCUAGAGUGUUGCUAGUCCUUAAGUUGUGGUAGUGCUCAACAAUGAUGCACUAUGUAUAUAAAAUGGAAGAGCUGGAUUGUAA